AAAUAAAAAACUUCAACGCAGGCCUAAUCAGGCUUAUCUUCGCAACGCAACAGUGCAAUCUUCUCUCUCACUCGAGCGCGCGCACACAGAUAGAAUCCAUGGCAGCAGCUUCAUUAAUAUCUCCACUUUCUCUCUCUAAAACCCUCUCUCUAUCCACACCCAUAAUCUCUCGUUCCUCUCAACUUCAACCUCGCUGCUUUAGCUUCCUCUCUCUUUCAAUCCCCAUUUUUCAUAAAUUCAAAUCCCACCCCAAGAUUCCCACAAAAUCCUCAAACCGCCCUUUGUUAAUCGUCCGAAACUCCAGUUCAAUCACUGCCAAACCCUCUUCGGAGUUUCGAAAGAAAAACACCGAUGUCGAGAAAGACGAGAAGCUUACCGCCCUACGCGAACUCUUCUCGAAACCUGGUAUCGGCAUCGACGCAUAUAUCAUCCCUUCUCAGGACGCCCAUCAGAGUGAGUUCAUUGCUGAAUGUUAUAUGAGAAGACCCUAUAUAUCAGGUUUUACUGGUAGUGCUGGCACUGCUGUUGUCACAAAGGAUAAAGCAGCUCUUUGGACUGAUGGGCGAUAUUUUCUCCAGGCGGACAAACAGUUAAGCUCUAGCUGGAUUCUCAUGCGGGCUGGUAAUCCGGGAGUGCCUACCACUAGUGAAUGGCUUAAUGAUGUUCUGGCUCCUGGUUGCAGAAUUGGCAUUGACCCUUUUCUUUUUUCUUCUGAUGCUGCAGAGGAACUGAAAGAGGCCAUAUCUAAGAAGAAACAUGAGUUGGUUUACUUGUACAACAAAAAUCUCGUGGAUGAAAUUUGGAAAGAAGCAAGGCCAAAGCCUCCAAACAGACCAGUAAGAGUACAUGACAUAAAAUAUGCUGGUGUUGAUGUGGCAUCAAAACUAUCUUACCUGAGGUCUGAACUCAUUGAUGCUGGUUCAUCUGCGAUUGUUAUCUCUAUGCUUGAUGAAAUUGCGUGGUUGCUGAACUUGAGAGGGAACGAUGUCCCACAUUCGCCCGUUGUAUAUGCUUACUUGGUUGUGGAGAUUAAUGAAGCAAAAUUAUUUAUUGAUAAUCCCAAAAUAACCCCUGAAGUGAUGGCUUACUUGGAAAAUGCAGGCAUUAAGUUGAGACCUUAUGAAUCCAUCCUUUCUGAAAUAGAAAGUUUGGCAGAGAAAGGAUCAUACGUCUGGCUGGAUACGUCGUCCGUAAAUGCUGCUAUUGUCAACACUUACGAGUCUGCCUGUGAUAGAUAUUUUGGGAACUUCGAGAAUACAAGAAAAAAUAAGACUAUGAGUUAUGAUGGUUCCAGUAGUCAGUCUGUGGGACCCACAGGAAUUUAUAGGAUGUCCCCUAUAUCUAUGGCAAAGGCGGUGAAAAAUGAUGCUGAAUUAGAAGGGAUGUGUAAUUCUCAUCUAAGGGAUGCAGCUGCUUUAGCACAAUUUUGGGCCUGGCUGGAGGAAGAAAUCCAGAAAGAUGUGUUAUUAACAGAAGUAGAAGUUGCAGACAAACUUCUUGAAUUUCGUGCAAAGCAAGCUGGUUUUGUUGAUACAAGCUUCGAUACUAUAAGUGGUUCUGGUGCAAAUGGUGCUAUUAUACAUUACAAACCAGAACCAGAUAGUUGUAGCAUUGUGGAUGCUAAGAAACUAUUCCUAUUAGACAGUGGAGCUCAAUAUAUUGAUGGAACAACUGAUGUAACCAGGACUGUACAUCUCAGUGAACCGUCCGCACGGGAAAAAGAAUGUUUCACUCGAGUUCUACAGGGUCAUAUUGCUGUUGAUCAGGCAGUAUUUCCUGAAAGCACCCCUGGCUUUGUAUUAGAUGCUUUUGCCCGUUCUUUUCUUUGGAAGAUUGGACUUGAUUACCGGCAUGGGACCGGGCAUGGUGUAGGAGCCGCACUGAAUGUUCAUGAAGGUCCUCAAAGUAUUAGUUACAGAUUUGGAAAUAUGACACCCUUGCUGAAAGGCAUGGUUGUUAGCAAUGAACCUGGCUAUUAUGAAGACCAUGCGUUUGGCAUUCGGAUUGAGAACCUCCUUUAUGUGAAAGAGAUUGACACACCAAAUCGUUUUGGAGGAAUUGGAUAUUUGGGAUUUGAAAAGCUCACAUUUGUUCCGAUACAGACUAAGUUGGUUGACUUAUCUUUGCUUUCUGUUGAGGAGAUUGAAUGGCUCAACAGUUACCACUCAGAAGUUUGGAACAAGGUUUCACCAUUGCUGGAUGGUUCUGCGCGUCAGUGGCUCUGGAACAACACACGGCCAGUGGUCAAACUUUGAUUUCAUUUCUGUCAUUAAUACAUGUCAAAUUAUUUGUAUAGAAUGUUGAAAUUAUAGAGUAGAGUUGUACCAAAUAUCAUAGUUUGUACACAGCAUUUUUUUGAAUGAAUUAUGUGAUUUUGAGUUCUUAUAUAAGAUUAUGGGUAAAUUAUAGUA